CGCAAUGAUUGCUUCAUAAGUUAAAUCAACGAUUUAUUUUUUGGUGGACACAAGUUGUUUGGGUGAUAAUCAAGUGGUGGUUCAACUUAUUGUUGUUGUUGUUGUUGAUGAUCAUCACAACAAUGUCGUCCCGAAGCGGUUGUCUCAUUGAUGUCGUCGAUAUUUUUGACGAGUUAUCCGCCGAAAAUCAGCGACUUUGCCGACAGAUUUUGUUGGCCAUCAAAAUGCGACAACUGUUGGAUCAGUUUAGAAAUUACACGAAUGAAUGGCACGAUUGGUGUAAUUGUGACAAAACCCGGUCAUCGGCAGACGUCUUAACGCAUCUCAACAAUCAGUAUCAGAGUUUGUGUCGAGAGUUUGAAGAAAAUUUGCUAAUUGAAGAUCAGAUCCGAGUCAGUGAAACACAUAAGACUGUCGAAGAGAUGACUGAUAUUAUGGCAAACAAGAGACCAAAAAUACUGAAGACUAAAGCGAAAAGUAAUGUAGACUUUGGAGACAAAGAUGAUCUCAACACCGAUGAAGACAUCGAUAACUCUAUUUAUAUUACCAACGAUUUAAAUGAAGCCUAUUCAAUGGUCAAAACGCGGACGAAGAAGUUUUCAUCUGUUAAACGAUUUGUCUGUAACUUUAAGGACUGCGACUUCCAGUGUAUGACCGAACCAAAGAUGAAAAGACAUGUCCAGACGUGUCAUAUAAAGCGGACACCUGUCCGUUGCGAUCGAUGCGGACAACUGUUGUGGUCAACAACAACUGGCGAAUCACAUCAAACGACAGCACAGAGACCUGUUUGAUCGGUCGACCAAUAAGUUUGUUUGCGGUAUCAAUGGAUGCGUCUUACAGUUCAAGAAAAUGAGUUUAUUAACAAAUCAUAAGAGCAGACAUUUGGGUGUUAAACAAUUUAAAUGUUCCGACACUUAUCUCGAGUGUCAGUGGACUUUCUAUACGGCCAGUGAGCUCAGAAACCAUCAAUUGGGUGUUCAUAUACCGCUACAAGAGUUUCAAUGUGAUUGGAUAGCAUGUA